CCUGAGGGCGCCGCCACACCUAAGAUGGCGGAGCCGCUUCCGGCAGCGCAACAACAUGGCGGCGAAGGGGCACUUCCGGGGCGGGCGGAACUGCGCAGCGCCAAGAUGGCGGCGGCCGCGGUCGGAGUCUCCUUGAGGCGCGGAGUCCCCGCGCGGCUCCUGCGGGCCGGGCCGCGGGCGGUGCUCCGGGGGGCGCAGACGGCGGCGGCCGCGCCACGGCUGAAGAAAUUCGCCAUUUACAGAUGGGACCCCGACAAGGCCGGGGACAAACCCCGCAUGCAGACCUACGAGGUGGACCUCAACAAGUGUGGGCCCAUGGUGCUGGACGCCCUGAUCAAGAUCAAGAACGAGAUGGACUCGACCCUGACCUUCCGCAGGUCCUGCAGGGAGGGGAUCUGUGGCUCCUGUGCUAUGAACAUCGCUGGGGGCAACACCCUGGCCUGCAUCAAAAAAAUCGACAGUGACCUCACCAAAGUCACCAAAAUCUACCCCCUGCCCCACAUGUACGUGGUGAAGGACCUGGUUCCGGACCUGAGCAACUUCUAUGCUCAGUACAAAUCCAUCCAGCCCUACCUGAAGAAGAAGGACGAGUCCAAGGAGGGCAAGCAGCAGUACCUGCAGUCCAUUGAGGAGCGCCAGAAACUGGACGGGCUCUACGAGUGCAUCCUGUGUGCCUGCUGCAGCACCAGCUGUCCCAGCUACUGGUGGAACGGGGACAAGUACCUGGGCCCUGCUGUGCUCAUGCAGGCGUACCGCUGGAUGAUCGACUCGCGCGAUGACUUCACGGAGGAGCGGCUGGCGCAGCUGCAGGAUCCCUUCUCCCUGUACCGCUGCCACACCAUCAUGAACUGCACCCGCACCUGCCCCAAGGGGCUGAACCCCGGCAAAGCCAUCGCCGAGAUCAAGAAGAUGAUGGCGACCUACAAGCAGAAGGCAGCGGCUGCCUGAGGGCUGAGUGACCCAGAGUGACCUCAGAGUGACCCUGAGUGACCUCUGAGUGACCCUGAGUGACCCUGAGUGACCCUCAGGCCUGGCAGCCCCAGCAGGGCGUUACCUGUGCCAGGGGUUACCUGUGCACCUGCAAUAAAGGCUGUAAAGAACAA